CCUUGACAAGAAAACACUGAACUGAUGGAUAGAACCAUCAAAAUCAUCACUGCCAAACACAAUUUAAAGUUAUACUUUUUUCCUAUAUAAACCCACAAAACCUUAUUCACACACAAAUUACUUCUACUUUUCUCUUGUCCUUUUACCGUAACUUAUUAAACUUCACAAAACCUAACCAGCUGAUUGCUACUACUCCCUGGUGCAGCUUAGCAUUCCAUAAACAAACUUUUGGUUCUUUCCAUUUUAGUUUCCUUUUUCUUGCUCUAAUUUUCACACACAACUUUCAAACCAAAAACUUGUAAUAUGGAGGCUUUUAAUGCUCCAAUUUCCAUACCUUUUGCCUACACUUUUACUGCUACUACUAGUAGUAGUAGUAGUAAUCAUAGAAAUGCUUCAACUAGCAGACUCACCAGUUCUUGGAUGGACACUCGAAUAUGGAGCAAACUCCCGCUGAGACUUGUUGAUCGUGUCAUUGCUUUUCUUCCACCUCCGGCCUUCUUUCGAGCUCGAUCCGUUUGCAAAAGAUGGUAUGCUCUCUUGUUUUCAAACUCCUUUCUUGAACUCUAUAUCCAAGUGUCCCCUCGUCGCCACUGGUUUCUCUUCUUCAAGCAUAAAACCCUUAACAACAGCCAUAUUUACACUAACAGCUGUUCCAGACCUGCUGUUAAUAAUGGCCAGAGUAGAACCAUUUCUGAAGGGUUCCUCUUUGACCCGUAUGAAACUGCAUGGUAUAGAAUUUCCUUCGGUCUCAUUCCUAAUGGGCUGUCUCCGGCUGCUUCUUCCGGUGGCUUGAUAUGUUGGGUUUCAGAUGAAGCUGGAACCAAGAGUCUGAUUCUUUGUAAUCCGCUUGUCGGGUCUUUUUCUCAGUUGCCACCCACUUUAAGACCGCGUCUCUUUCCUUCAAUUGGCUUAACAGUCGGCCUAUCCUCCAUUGAUGUAGCUGUUGCAGGAGAUGACCUGAUUUCUCCAUAUGCAGUCAAGAAUCUGUCGACUGAAAGCUUUCAUAUUGACGCAAAUGGAUUUUACUCACUCUGGGGUACUACUUCUGCUCUACCAAGACUGUGUAGUCUUGAGUCAGGUCAAAUGAUAUUCGCUGCCAACAAAUUCUACUGCAUGAACUAUAAUCCAUUCAGUGUUUUAGCUUAUGACAUAACAGCAAACAACUGGAUUAAGAUUCAAGCUCCGAUGCGAAGAUUUCUACGCUCGCCGAGCUUAGUUGAGAGCAGAGGGAAGCUAAUAAUGGUGGCAGCAGUGGAGAAAAGUAAACUAAAUGUCCCCAAAAGCUUGAGGCUAUGGAGUUUGCAGCCUUGUGGAGCAACAUGGGUAGAGAUUGAAAGAAUGCCUCAGCAACUUUAUGUUCAGUUUUCAGAUCUUGAAGGAGGCCGUGGAUUUAACUGUGUUGGACAUGGCGAGUUCAUUGCGAUUAUGAUCAGAGGAUCGGACAAGUCUUUGCUGUUUGACAUUUGCAGGAAAAUGUGGCAAUGGAUUCCUCCAUGUCCUUAUGUAAUGAGUAGUAGUGGAGACGAUGAUGGUGAACUGCAUGGUUUUGCUUAUGAGCCUAAGCUGGCUGUUCCAGUUACUGCACUUCUUCAUCAGUUAACACUUCCAUUUCAGUCCUUUAGUGGCUAGUAUAGGACUCAGUUUGGCUAGCUAGGGUUUAGUAUUUCCAGGAGUUUAUGGAGUAUAUGAUCAUGAGAUUGUGUUUGUUGUGUGGAUUAAUUGCUAGUGUUCAUAUGUUUAAUGUAGUUUUGUAUGAUCAAAAUCUAGUUUAUCUUAUGCUUCUAGCUAACUAAUUAUUAA